ACCGAACACGGCUACCGUACGUACCCGCCCACUGACUGUCCACAUCUGAAGAUUGAACUCAAAUAUCGGGUAAAAUCAGCCCUAGAUUUCACAUCUAAGCUAUCUAAAUGGCGGCUCUAAUCGACAUUCGUCUCAAGAAAGCCAAUAAGAUAUAUAACGAAGGGGAUGUACUUGCAGGAGUGAUUGUCAUACAAACAAAGACUGAGUUCCAGCAUCAGGGAAUAACCUUGGUCGCAGACGGAUCAGUUAAUCUUCAGCUCAGCAGUAAAAGUGUUGGUCACUUUGAGGCAUUUUACAACUCUAUCAAGCCCAUUCAACUGCUGACGGUUACACUUAAUGCUGCCAAGCCAGGCAAAAUCCCAGCGGGAAAGACGGAAAUACCCUUUGAAGUGCCACUGAAAGCCAAACUCAACAAAACCCUCUAUGAAACAUACCAUGGUGUGUUUGUCAACGUUCAGUACACCUUGAAGGCCCAGGUGAAACGCUCUCUCCUUGCCAAGGACCUGGUGAAAACGAUAGAAUUCAUCAUUGAAUACAGGGACCAGAAGGUCAAAGCGGAACUCAAGCCUGUACCAUUUACCAUCACGCCACAAUCCCUCCAGAACGUCAAAGACAAAACAUCACUUCCAAACUUCUCCAUCAAAGGGAGACUCGACUCGGCGAGCUGCUGCAUCAAGAACCCUCUCACGGGUCAUGUGAUCAUCGAGCAGUGUAACGCACCAAUCAAAUCGGUGGAAAUCCAGCUGGUCAGAGUGGAAACGUGUGGGUGUGCCGAGGGCUAUGCAAGGGAUGCCACAGAGAUUCAGAACAUCCAGAUCGGUGAAGGCAACAUCUGUAGAGGUCUGACGAUACCAAUGUACAUGGUCUUUCCCCGUCUUUUCACAUGCCCUACGUUAGCCACUAGUAACUUCAAAGUUGAGUUUGAGAUCAACCUUGUAGUAGUCCUGCACGAUGAUCACCUGAUAACUGAAAACUUCCCCAUCGUUCUGACAAGAUUUUGAGGUACAGCGAAAACACCAACUUCAAAGCAACUCCCAGAUAGACAUGAAGCCCAAAAUCAUUCAAUGUAUGACUGUUAUUUAAGGCCUUGUCAUACACGUUAUGUGCAGUCACCUGCAACUCACCCUCAACAGGUUUUGAGCAUGUUCAACACUUUUCUGCUUGCAGAUCAGACUGGUGUGCGCUCCGGCUGGCAACUCCGUGCGAGAUAUUGUCGCACGCACCACGAACCGUCCUCUCUGAGCACUUUGAUGGGAAAGUUACUUUUGCAGAAAACGCAUUUA